GUCGUCCGUCGGUCAAACAACAUACAUUGAUGGUGGACGACAUGAUAGCGACUGUUGCAAGCACUGGAUCCAAUGUGCAUCUCGACUUGGAUGGACUCUUGUAUCUCGGUGGAGUAAGAAGAGCUUCGUACUCCUCUCUCCCCAAACUAGUGCAGUCAAGACACGGAUUCGAAGGGUGCUUAGCCUCAUUGGAUCUAAAUGGAGAGACUGUUGACCCAAUAAGAGACGCCGUUGUGCCCAGUACUUUAGUAUCUGCCGGAUGUGCAGGUCCCGUGACAAAAUGUAGUACCACCGCUUGUGCCAAUCGAGGAAUUUGUGUCCAGAUGUGGAACAGUUAUACUUGUGACUGUGAUAUGACAUCGUAUACAGGUCCAACAUGUUCUGACGAGAGUAUUUCUUACAAGUUUGGAGCGAAAGGAGGUCUUAUAUCAUUCACUUACCCUUCCGACAAAAGGCCGGAUACGAAGAGCGAUCUCUUAGCACUGGGUUUCAUCAGCUCUACAGACAACGCUGUUCUGGUUCGAAUAGACAGCGGAAGCAGCAAUGAUUACAUGGAGCUGGAAAUCGUGGAUGGCAAUGUGUUCAUGGUAUACAACAUGGGCACCGAAGAUCACCCUAUUGGUGAAUUAAGUGUGAACGUGAACGAUCAUCAAUACCACGUGGUUCGAUUCACUCGAUCAGGCCCCAAUUCCACUAUACAAAUCGACGAUCACAAUGUCAGAACAAAACAACCAGCAGGUCGUCAGCAUACGAUUUUCAACAGUCAUUCCGUAAUUCAAGUCGGUGGCAAAUUCAAUCCCAUCAAAACUCGCAUCGAACGUCCUUUCCAAGGAGUCAUAUCUGGCCUUGUCUUCGGGGGCCAUCGUAUUUUGGACAUGGCAGCAGAAGGAGAUCCGAGGGUCUCGGUGCAAGGUGAUGUGGAACUCCUCAUCUCAAUACCACCGGAUGGCGUUACAACGGGAUCCUCGACCGAUGCUGAAGGGAAAUCUACUACUCCUGAACCAGUUGAACCAACGGAAGAAGUCGUUUUUUCUGGAGCUGGAUCCGGUUGCUGGGAUGACGAAGACGCCUGCGAAUCCUCAAACAAUGAAAAACGACCAGAAAAGACCCAGAAAUUUAUUCAGGACCCAGAAAAGAAUUAUAGAAAGCUUGGUGACGAUAG